GAGAGGUCAAAGGUAGAAAGAGCCACGUGCUGCCCGUUGCGGCUCACGAUGGCGCGGUUCUUCCGCGCGUUGUGGAAGGCUAUCGGGAGGGGUGCAAUUCCUGAGGAGAAAAGGAAAGAGGCGGUGCUCGGCAGAUCAGUCAGUGCCUGGGCGUCAAGCUACAGCACGGCACCCACUAAAGCGGCCCUCCGCAUUCCCGGCAUGGAUUAUCAGGAUGCAGUACAAACAUUGAACACCUUGCAGACCAAUGCCAGCACUUUGGAGCAGAUCCGUCGGGAACGUGGUCAAACAAAGGGCAGUUUGGAAGCAAUGAAAUCCUUUAUAUGGCGAGCUGGCAUGACGAUUGAAGAACUGGACCAGCUUGCCAUCAUUCAUGUGACUGGGACAAAGGGCAAGGGUUCCACAUGUGCAUUUUGUGAAAAGAUAUUACGGAAUUAUGGAUUAAAGACUGGAUUUUACAGUUCCCCACACUUGGUGCAAGUAAGGGAGAGAAUUAGGAUUAAUGGCAAACCAAUCAGCAAAGAUCUCUUCACAAAGUACUUCUGGCAAGUGUAUAAUCGAUUGGAAGAAACAAAGGACAGUGACUCCGGGACCAUGCCUGCAUAUUUUCGGUUUCUCACCAUCCUUGCCUUCCACAUCUUCUUGCAUGAAAAGAUUGAUGUCACAAUAUUAGAAGUUGGGAUUGGUGGAGCUUAUGACUGUACCAACAUAAUAAGGCGUCCCAUAGUGUGUGGAGUGUCAUCACUGGGGAUUGAUCAUGUCAGUAUCCUAGGAGACACCAUGGAGAAAAUCGCGUGGCAGAAAGGAGGCAUAUUCAAGCCUGGCGUCCCUGCAUUCACAGUUCCACAACCCAGUGGGCCAAUGGCUGUCCUUGUUGAAAGAGCAAACGAGAUUGGAUGCUCCCUGAAGCUGUGUCCAGAUCUGGAGGACUUCCAGUUUGAGAGGGAGAAGCUGAGUUUGGGUUUGGCAGGAGACCAUCAGAAAUUAAAUGCAUCACUGGCUUUGCAACUGAGUCGGACGUGGCUCCAGCAUCACCACCACCCAGAUUUCUCUCCACGACAGGAAGCACAGGACUUUGCUGAGCAGCAUUUGAAACAGAGCCCACCUGUCAGCUUGUCCUUCUGCCCUAGCACUGCCAUGGUGGAAGGGUUACGCGAUACAGAAUGGCUUGGUCGAUCGCAGAUCCUGAAACGUGGACCCGUCACCUAUUAUAUUGACGGUGCUCACACAGUUGGUAGUAUAAAGGCCUGUGUCAAGUGGUUUCGGGAGCAGUCAUUGAAAGAAGCAAAGUCAGUAAAGGGUCCUGUGGUAAAGGCACUGCUGUUCAACGCGACAGGAGAGAGGGAUGCUGCUGCACUUCUCAAACUGCUUGCGCCAUGCCAGUUUGAUUUUGCUGUUUUCUGUCCCAAUCUCUUGGAUGUAGCACAGAAGAAUCUAAAUCCUGAUCAGAAGAAUUACACAGUAACUUUGGAAAAUAUGCUGAGCCGUUGCCUUGAAAAUCACAGUGCAUGGUGCAAAUUGACAGAAGUGACGCAUGACAACUUGUGGAGCCUGUCAGGAAGUAAUCUGGAGACCUCGACCGCAUUGCUUAAGAAGGGUAACUUGGACAGGGGAACAUUACCCUUUAGUGAAUUGGACUGUGACCCGAUGAGUCCUCGAGCCCUUGUGUUCCCCUGCAUCAGCAAAGGCUUGCAGUGGAUAACCCAAGGUCGGGACCCCGGCCUCCAGCCUGCCUCAGCAGAUUUGCAGCAUCUGCCAAGGGCUGCGACCCUGAAUGAAGCUUCCACCAUACAGAUCCUGAUCACGGGUAGCCUGCACCUUGUGGGAGGGUGCCUGAAGCUCCUGGACAAGUCUUUGUCUCAGUAAAGGCUAAACAUUUCUUUACUGUGAAUGUCAGACAUUGCUCUGAGGGCGAGGGUAGGAGGAUAGCUUCCAGGUCCAAGAUGCUAUCUGUUGUACUUGACCCUAUUAAUGCUAUCACUUCAUAUUUAAUGUUACUGUACUUCAACAGACAAGUGGAAUUUUUGAUGAACAUUGAUUUUAUUUAAUUCAAAGGUAGAUUGUGUGAAUGGAUCUUCGAUUUUUUUUCUCUAGCAUGAUUAAUAUGGGAAAUGAACAUCAGGUUUUCAGGUCUGAUAAUUUGUAUGGCUAAAUUUUUUUGGCACUUGAAUUAUUUAUUAAAAGAAGUCUUAAUCAUUAUGGGUCUUACAAAUUAGAGAGAAAGUACAUGGAAAUAAUCUGGGGCAGUAACACAUCCACUUGUGCUUUGAAAAGUAAUUGAGGGCACUUGUGUGGUAAUGCCUGGGAUUUCUCGACUGGAUUUUUCCUGGUUUCCUUGUGGGUAUUUUAUGACCCAGCAGUUGCACAGUAGCAAUCCUACCUCUGGAUGUGCAGAGUUGGAAGCUUCAAUGCACUUUGUGAUUCAUUUUUCAGAAUUUAUUUUGAAGGUAUCAAAAAAUAGCAUUACAGAUCAUCACAAGUGUGAAAGUAAACAUUAAGCAACACUACUGGUAAUAUUUGUGAAUUGUAAGCCAGAUGCAUGGCAGCCAAAUGUAUUUUCAAUAUGAAGUGAGGCUUUUUACAGUAUUGGAUAAAUUUAACAAGCAGGUACAACUGCACAAUGCCCCUCGGUCUGGACUGACAUCUCCAUUUGAAAGCUGGGAUCAGACCUGUGUGAUAAGACCAGCUGACUCUGGCCUUGCCUAGUGAUCUGAUAAAUUGAUUCUUUUUAUUCAUAUAAAUGUCAGCAAUUGCAGUAAUGAAAAGAAAAUAGGCUCCAGCUCGUUCUCUCCAGAUCUCUGAGGACUUUGACCAAGAAGUUCUCAGAGCCUUGUGCUGUGGGGUGGUCAAAUGCUUUAUGAAGACUAACAAGUUAAUUUUUUAAAAAUCUCAAUAUAAACAUUCAAAAUCCAUAUGUUCAUAUUCAGGUGAACAAAGAGUGGUGAUGUGUGAAAUACCAGGAUGGUUUGACACAGCUUUGUAUUUGCGAUUCCGGUACACUUUAAUUUCAGCAGUGUUAGAGGGCUAAAAGAGAGCUGUAAAUAAGGUUGCAGAAGAAAUCGGAUGAUGAGUUACCAGUUGUACCACAUAGUGGUUCAUUGUCAAGCACCACCUGCUGGAUUCUGGACAUGAGUAACCUACUGUUUUUCAGUAAGCAGCACCAUCUAUAAGCACAGCAGCACAAUUUGUGAAAAUGCAUAUCUUAGUGCUUCAUGAACGGAGAAUAAAAUGCACAUAACUAAAGAAGACAAUGUGCUUGUCUGCUGAUUACAGCAAAAGGUAUUAUCAUUUUUCCAAGGAUCACAGUGAUUAGCUACGGGCUGCCUAAUUUUAAUUCCAUUUGUGUACAUUAUUGUGGAGCUACCCUUGGGGUUCCACCAAGUGCAGUCACAUAACAAAAGACAGAAAGGUGGAAUAAUUGGGACAGAAAUCCUUUUUCCGUAGUUUAGCAGCUGACUAGAAACAAAUGUUGUUAGCACAUUCCAAGGUGUUUGGAAAAUUCAAAUUAGUGAUGUGAUUAGGAUGAUCUGUAAAACCAAAAGAAGUACAUUCAAACUUUUAUAUUCUGAUUUCCAGAAAAGUGAGUGUUAGAAUGGCUGCAACCAUAUGGUUGUCAUUGACUGCUAAGUAGGAAUGUUACUUCCUUCUGGUUAGCUAGCUGUAGUAAAUGGGUCUAAGUAUCAACAGAACCGGGAACUAUUCAAGGGUAGAUUUCAAACUCCUCAUUGUGAAGUGGAAAUAAAUAAAAUACUUGGGUAGAUCGAGAUUGAUGUGUUAGCGAGGGUGACAUUAAAUUGUUCAAGCCCAUGAUAUCAUUCAUUUCCCCUUCAAUUCUUGGCUGUAGACUUAAAAUCUAGAAAAAUUAAAAUUAAUAUUUUUAGUACAGCCAUUACGUUGUGUAUUUUAAAUAUCUUAAAAUGGCCUUUUCUUCACCCCCUCUGACCCUGACAUACCAUGGUAUGCAAAAUGAACAAUCUGCUGUCAAAAAUGGACAUGGAAUUCCAACUUCUUUAUUUGUAAGUAUCCAUUUAAGGCAAAAUAAUCAGUAAUUUGUCUGAAUCAUCAAUAUAUUUGUUGGUCUGAUUAUGAUAUUGACUGAUGGGAAGUAAUUAGCUAAAAAUUUUCAUUGCUGACCAAAAGAAAAUCUCAGAUUAUCUGAAUAGGAAGAGCACUCCUACUUUAUUUGUCAGAAUUGUUGCCAUGAUUUGUUGUUUUAAAUUAUUAAACUUAAUUUCAAGUCAGUUUUUGAGUGGGCUGCUGCCUUUGAAGUUGAUGGGAAUCAAGUAGGAGGAUUCGUACAAAAAUAAUAAUCUGUGGGUAGUGUGGGGAACAGUUUGAGUUGUGGUGGUAGGGAGGAAGAAAUUAUUUUAAGUGCCAUGACUUUUAAGGAAUGUUAAAUGUCUUAAGACAGAUAUUUUUUCCUAUAAGGAUCUCACAGAUAAUAUUUGUGUUGUUUCUUUUCAGUUUCUUAAUUGCACAACCUCUAAUGAUAAUGGGAAAAAAUCAUAAAUUUCAAGGUCUUGAAAGACGUUUAUUUUUGCAAUUUUAUCUUAAAGUUUCUGUAUAAAGAUGAUCCACACGACAAUAAGUUGUAUGCAUUUUUUGGGUUGAGAACUUCAAACUUUUUGCCUGUGUGUAACUGGUUUAAAUAAUUUUGAACUGUACAUGGUGAUGAACAAAAUAAUCAUGUCCUUGUUUUAAUUUUGCUGUAAAUUAUAGUCUUAAGCAAUAUUUAAUAUGAAAUGUUCAUUAAAGAA